UCCCCACGCGGGUUCGGCUCCUCCCGCCUGCCGGUUCUCCUCCGUCUCCCCGGGGCCCGCCGCGGGGCUCCAGAACCCCUGCCUUGACGUCGGGGUCGCCGCCGCCUCCGGUACCGGGGCGGGUUGGGGGUGUGUGGGGAAGACAUGCAGAUGAUGACCAGGAACGUUUUGUUAGACAUGGAGGAGGAAGAGGACGAGGACGACGGAGAUAUCGGUGAUGUUCCCGCCUCCAGGAGGCCUUUUCUGACUCCUCAUUCUCUCCUCCCAGCCAGUCUAGUGUUGGAAAACUUUGAACAGACAAUCAUCCCCAAUUGUGGAUCACUGGAGAACCAGCAGGAUUUCCGAACCCCAGAGUUUGAAGAAUUUAAUGGAAAAGCAGACUCUCUCUUUUUUAAUGAUGGACAGCGAAGAAUUGACUUUGUCUUGGUGUAUGAAGAAGAAGGGAGAAGGGAGAAACAUAAAAAGGGUACAAAUGAAAAACAAAAGAGAAAAAGACAAGCAUAUGAAUCUAACCUCAUCUGUUAUGGCCUGCAGCUAGAAGCAACCAGAUCGGUUUCAGAUGACAAGCUUAUAUUUGUAAAAGUGCACGCACCGUGGGACGUGUUGUGUACAUACGCUGAGAUAAUGCACAUCAAGCUGCCUCUGAAGCCCAAUGACCUGAAGACCCGCUCCUCAGCCUUCGGCACCCUCAACUGGUUCACCAGAGUUCUCAGGGUGGAUGAGAGUGUCAUCAAGCCAGAGCAAGAGUUCUUCACCGCCCCCUUCGAGAAAAACAGGCUAAAUGACUUCUACAUUUUUGAUAAAGAUUCUUUCUUCAAUCCAGCCACCAGGAGCCGCAUUGUUUACUUCAUCCUUUCCCGGGUCAAGUAUCAAGUGAUGAACAACGUCAACAAGUUUGGAAUUAACAGACUUGUGAGCUCUGGGAUCUACAAGGCAGCAUUCCCCCUCCAUGAUUGCAAUUUUAGCUCUCCAUCGGAGGAUCCCAGCUGCCCCAAUGAACGCUACCUUCUGUACAGAGAGUGGGCACAUCCACGAAGUAUAUACAAAAAGCAGCCCCUGGACCUCAUCCGCAAGUAUUACGGAGAGAAGAUUGGAAUCUACUUUGCCUGGCUGGGCUAUUACACUCAGAUGUUGCUCCUGGCUGCCAUUGUGGGUGUGGCCUGCUUUCUUUAUGGCUAUCUUGAUCAGGAAAACUGCACUUGGAGCAAAGAAGUCUGCAAUCCUGAUAUUGGUGGCCAGAUCAUAAUGUGUCCCCAGUGCGAUAAACUCUGUCCGUUCUGGAAAUUGAAUAUUACUUGUGAAUCAUCCAAGAAAUUGUGCAUCUUUGACAGUUUCGGAACCCUCGUCUUUGCAGUGUUUAUGGGAAUAUGGGUGACCUUAUUUCUGGAGUUCUGGAAGCGGCGCCAGGCAGAACUGGAGUAUGAGUGGGACACAGUUGAGUUGCAGCAGGAAGAACAGCCGAGGCCUGAGUAUGAGGCACAGUGCAAUCACGUGGUCAUCAAUGAGAUCACCCAGGAGGAAGAGCGCAUCCCCUUCACGACCUGUGGAAAAUGUAUCCGAGUGACCCUCUGUGCCAGCGCUGUCUUCUUCUGGAUCCUGUUGAUCAUUGCUUCCGUUAUUGGGAUCAUUGUCUACAGGCUCUCAGUGUUCAUUGUAUUUUCUGCAAAACUACCCCCAGUCAAUGGGUCAGACCCAAUCCAAAAAUACCUGACUCCUCAGACAGCCACAUCCAUCACCGCGUCCAUCAUCAGCUUCAUCAUCAUCAUGAUUCUCAACACUGUAUAUGAGAAAGUGGCUAUCAUGAUCACCAACUUCGAACUGCCUAGGACACAGACAGAUUAUGAGAACAGCCUAACCAUGAAGAUGUUUCUCUUCCAGUUUGUGAACUACUACUCCUCCUGUUUCUACAUCGCAUUCUUCAAGGGCAAAUUUGUGGGCUAUCCGGGAGACCCAGUGUACUUGCUGGGCAAGUACAGGAGUGAAGAGUGUGACCCUGGAGGCUGUCUUCUUGAACUGACAACCCAGUUGACGAUAAUCAUGGGAGGCAAAGCAAUCUGGAACAACAUCCAGGAAGUGUUACUUCCCUGGAUCAUGAAUCUAAUUGGACGGUAUCAAAGCGUUUCCAGGUCAGAACAGAUAACCCCGAGAUGGGAGCAGGAUUACCAUCUGCAGCCCAUGGGCAAGCUCGGAUUGUUUUAUGAGUAUCUUGAGAUGAUUAUUCAGUUUGGGUUCGUCACCUUAUUUGUGGCCUCUUUUCCACUGGCUCCUCUGUUGGCUCUGGUGAACAAUAUUCUGGAAAUAAGAGUGGACGGGUGGAAGCUGACGACCCAGUUCAGACGCAUGGUGCCAGAGAAAGCCCAGGACAUCGGUGCGUGGCAGCCCAUUAUGCAAGGAAUAGCCAUCCUGGCUGUGGUGACCAACGCCAUGAUCAUCGCUUUCACGUCAGACAUGAUCCCCCGCCUGGUCUAUUACUGGUCCUUCUCCAUCCCCCCCUACGGGGACCACACCCAGCCCACCAUGGAGGGCUACAUCAAUAACACCCUCUCCAUCUUCAACAUCGUGGACUUCAAAAGCAAAGCCAAGGACAAUCCAUAUGUUGGCCUCGGCAACUACACCACAUGCAGGUACCGCGACUUCCGGAACCCUCCUGGCCACCCGCAGGAGUACAAACACAACAUCUACUACUGGCAUGUGAUUGCUGCCAAGCUGGCGUUUAUCAUCGUCAUGGAGCACAUCAUCUACUCUGUGAAAUUCUUCAUUUCCUACGCAAUUCCCGAUGUAUCUAAAAGCACCAGGAGUAAGAUCAAGAGGGAGAAAUACCUGACCCAGAAGCUGCUUCGCGAAACGCACAUCCAAGACCUGACCAAGGACAUUGGUGCCAUAGCAGAGAGGAUGGCGGAGGCGGUGGAUAACAACAUCCGGCCCAAGUCAGAAUGAGAGCUUCUGCCGAGGGGCGCUUUAAAGCAUGGCAUCGGUUACUGCAGACGUGCGGAUGUGUGAUGAACCCACCCCUGAGAGUGAGGUGCGAGUUCACUCACUUUGGCAAAUGUGAGUCUGAAACUGUUGCCCAUUUCAUGUAUCUUCUGUUUUCUGUUUCAGCUAUCCAGGUAGAAACUGGAAAAAUGUAAAAACUUAGAUCUAGAAAGGGCAUAGAAACAAUCACCUGGAAAACCUGAAUCUGUUACCCCUGUUUUGUCAUUUUUUUUUAUCAAUUGGAAUCUUAGGAACACAAAAUAAUACAGUGUGCUUUU